AUGUCCUUAAUAUAACAAAAUAUUAUUUUUUGCUCUCAAUACAAAAGUAUAAAGAAAUAAACAAAUUAGAGAAAAAAAUAAUUUAUUUUUAUAGGAAGUGAGAUAUCGAAUAUAUAUUAAUUAGGUUUUUAAUACGUUGGUUUAUAUUAUUUUACGUGUAAAACAUAUAAUUGGUUGAAAAUGGCUUCAAAUAUAAGUGUGCAAGCUGUUGUUACUGUGCAAUUAACUGCAACAGGAUUCUUGAUGAACAUUGGUUUAGGGCAAGGGCUUGAUGGAAUUUCAGAUCUCUUUUUUGGCAAUGCUCUCAAAUUGAAACUUGUUAGCUCUGAGCUUAAUCCAAUGUUGGAGACGCCAUUGGACAAGAAGCCGGUUGAAGGAGCAGCAAAACUAAACAUCUUCCUUGAAAAAGACCCAAAUGAAACAAAGUAUGAGGCUAAGCUUCAAGUGCCCAACAAUUUUGGAGAAGUUGGGGCAAUCUUAGUUACAAAUGAGCACCGUAGAGAAAUGCUCAUUAAAGACAUCACAAUUGAAGGUUUGCCUCAAGGAAUUGUUAAAGUGCAUUGUGAAUCUUGGGUGCAUUCCAAGUAUGAUAAUCCUGAACCAAGAAUCUUCUUCACAAAUAAGUCGUACUUACCAUCAGAAACCCCAUCUGGAUUAAAGAGUUUGCGGGAAAAAGAUCUAACGCAAUUAAGAGGAGAUGGCACAGGAGAAAGAAAAGCCUUUGAUAGAAUAUACGAUUAUGAAUCAUAUAAUGAUCUUGGUAAUCCUGAUCAAAAUCCUGAUCUUCUUCGACCAGUUUUAGGGACCAAACAACAUCCUUAUCCUAGACGUUGCAGAACUGGACGACCUCCCACUAAAGCAGAUCCAUUAUCAGAACAAAGGGUAAGCAGGUUUUACGUACCAAGGGAUGAAAACUUUUCGGAUACAAAGACAAUAACAUUUGGGAUAAAUGUUUUGGACAAUGUUCUAAAUGCAUUAAUACCCACACUUGAGGCAACAAUUAUUGAUACUAAUCUUGGUUUCGAAAGCUUCAAAGAAAUUCUUGACCUUUUUAACAAAGGAAUGGAAUUACCUGCUGGCCUUAAAAACAUGCAAAACAUGGAGAAAAAACAAUUGCCUACUCUCUUUCCAUCUAAAGAUCUACUUGUGUUUCCUACCACUGAGAUGAUGGAGAGAGAUGAAUUGGCUUGGCUUAGAGAUGACGAGUUUGCUCGAGAAACUCUUGCGGGUGUAAAUCCUUAUGCCAUUCAGCUAGUCACGGAAUGGCCCCUGAAGAGCAAACUUGAUCCCCAAGUGUAUGGGCCACCCGAAUCAUUGAUCACAUCAGACGUGAUUGCGCGACAAAUUGAUGGCAUUAUGUCUGUCAAUGAGGCUGUAGAGCAAAAGAAACUGUUCAUGUUGGACUACCAUGAUUUAUUACUUCCUUUUGUGAACAAAGUAAGGAAGUUAGAAGGAACCACAUUGUAUGGAUCUCGAACAAUCUUCUUCCUUACUUGUGAGGGCACUCUCCGACCUUUGGCCAUCGAGUUAACGAGGCCUCCCAGCGAAGACGAUGGGACGCCGCAAUGGAAGCAAGUGUUCAUCCCAUGUAAUUGGGACUCUACUGAGAGCUGGCAAUGGAAGCUUGCUAAAGCUCAUGUUCUUGCUCAUGAUUCUGGUCAUCACCAACUUAUUAGCCAUUGGUUAAGGACACAUUGUUGCGUAGAGCCUUACAUAAUAGGAAGCAAUAGACAACUGAGUGCAAUGCAUCCAAUUAAAAGACUUCUGACACCCUACUUCCGGUUCACGAUGAUGAUUAAUGCCCUAGCUCGACAAGCUCUUAUCAAUGCUGGAGGCACAAUUGAGACUUCAUUCUCGCCCUUAAGCUAUUCAAUGGAGUUCAGUUCUUAUGUUUAUGACAAGCAAUGGAGGUUUGAUCAACAAGGAUUGCCUGCUGAUUUAAUUACAAGGGGAUUGGCUGUGGAAGAUCCAUCCGCACCACAUGGCCUAAAGCUGGCAAUAUCAGACUACCCAUUUGCCAACGAUGGCCUUAUUCUUUGGGACGCAAUCAAGCAAUGGGUCACAGACUACAUCAACAUUUACUACACUUCCCCAAAUAUGAUUACAUCUGACAUUGAACUCCAAGCAUGGUGGCAAGAAAUUCGAACCAAAGGACACCCAGAAAAGAAGGACGAACCAUGGUGGCCAGUUCUCGACACAAAUGCUAGCCUCAUCGACGUUCUUACAACCAUAAUAUGGGUUGCUUCAGGUCAUCAUGCUGCGGUUAACUUCGGUCAAUACGCUUUCGCAGGAUACUUCCCAAACAGACCAACUAUAGCCCGAAUCAAUAUGCCUACAGAAAACCCUACCGAACAAGUUUCAAACAGUUUCAUACAAGAUCCAGUUGGUUUUUUGCUUCAAACUUUUCCUUCUAAAAUACAAGCAACAAGAGUUAUGGCGGUUUUGAGUGUAUUAUCGACACAUUCUUCAGAUGAAGAAUAUAUUGGUGAUCAAAUUGAGCCUUCGUGGGUUGAAAACCCUAAAAUCAAAGCAGCAUUCGAGAAAUUUAAUGCGAGUUUGAAGAAGUUGGAAGGUGUAAUCGAUUCGAGGAAUGAAGAUCUAACUUUGAAUAAUAGAAAUGGUGUUGGGACUAUCCCUUAUCAAUUGCUUAAGCCAUUUUCGAAAGCUGGUGUUACUGGCAUGGGGGUUCCUAAUAGUAUUUCUAUUUAACUGAAUCACAAAACUAUGUAUAUUAACUUAAAACUUUUAGAAUAUAUAUUAUAUAUGUAAUAAUAAUUUGUUUAAUUGUUUUGAAUUGGUCAAUUGGUGAUAAUAAUUAGGAUUGGGUUCACAUUUUAAAACAUUUGCAAUUUCAUUAAUAUGUUUUCUCUAGAUAUUGUAGAAUGUAAUUUUU